AUGACCCAUCUCUACAACCACCACCUACCUCCUCUGGUCAGCCCCUCCGUGUUGUACGUGUACGGCCCCGAGCGGCCCGGGCUGCCCCUGGGCUUCUCUCCUCCCGCUACCCUAGUGGGGGCCGGUCGGGCCGAGCCCCCCCAGAAGCCUCCCUACAGCUACAUCGCCCUCAUCGCCAUGGCCAUCAAAGACGCCCCAGACCAGAGGGUCACGCUCAACGGCAUCUACCAGUUCAUCAUGGACCGUUUUCCGUUCUAUCACGACAACAAGCAGGGCUGGCAGAACAGUAUCCGCCACAACUUGUCGCUCAAUGACUGUUUCGUCAAGGUGCCCCGGGAGAAGGGCCGCCCCGGCAAAGGGAGCUACUGGACCCUGGAUCCCCGCUGCCUGGACAUGUUUGAGCACGGCAACUAUAGACGGCGGAAGAGGAAGCCCAAGCCGGGCCCCGGGGUCCAGGAGGCCAAGAGAGGCAAAGGGGAGGCGGAGGAGGCCGGAGCCCAGGUGGGCCGCAGAGUCAGCCCUGGCCUCCUUUCCGUUGCCCCCGAGGACGCCGCCCAGGAUAUUCUCCAGCGAGAUGCUGCUAUCUCAGGCCAGGCAAGCGGACAGCUAGCUGAGAGCACAGCUAUGUCGGGUUCUCCUCCACCUCCUGGUCCGCAAGACUCGGACCCAGAGGACCCUGCCUCUCCAAAAAACGCCGACAAGCCCAAGAGCUUCAGCAUAGACAGUAUCCUGGCCCGGACACAGAGCCAGAAGCCAGCCAGAGGGGGAGAGCUGGCCGGGGCAGCCAAACAUGUCGGGGAGUCGCUACCGGGGGGAUGCUUCAGCUCUACCCUCUUUGCUAGUUCUCCCGGUCUCUGCCCGACUUUCAGUGGCUCCCUGAUGCUCGAUUCUCAAGUUCAAGGGCGACUUUACCAUCUGGGGAUCCCUCUUCUGUCAUAUUUCCCGCUCCAGCUCUCUGACGCGGCAUUUGCCAACCUGUCUGUUCAGGAAAGUUUCAGCUACUCCCACGUGGAGAUGUGA